UAUCCCAUUUCCUCUCAGAAAGUUUCCCUUUUAGAGCUCUAGAGAGAGAAACAGCAACCAAUCUCUCUCUCUUUCUCUCUCUUUAUCUAUUAUGGAAAGUGUAUCAUCGUCGUCUCCGAUCUUCAUAAUCCCCAAGAUUCAUUUUCCUCUGCAACACCCACAUAUAAAUUAAAAAAAGAAAAAAAAAUCACCUCCCACAAAAAACCCAAGAAAAAAAAAAAAACCUUUUCUUCUAUUUUCUCGCUGGUUUUCUCGUCCCAAACAUGUUCUCGGGAUCUCCCUUAGACCAUCUAAACCUCCUCUCCCUCGACGACUUCUCCGCCGCCGCCACCAACCGUCUUCCCAAACUCAUGAUGACCAUCCCGGGAGUCCUCUCAGACUACGACGACGAAGUCGUUUCUCCCCGACCAAAACGCAUCGUCGUUUCCAACCACCUCCCGAUCAAGUCCUCCCACGAUGCCUCCACCGGAAAGUUGUCGUUCGAGCUCGACAACGACAGCCUCGUCCUCCAACUCAAAGACGGCUUCCCCUCCGACUCCGAAGUCAUCUUCAUCGGCUCCCUCAAAAACGACAUCGUCGUCGACCCCUCCGACCAAGACGACGUAGCCGCUUACCUCCUCGAGAAAUUCAACUGCGUCCCGACUUUCUUGUCGUACGACAUCCAGAACAAGUUCUACCACGGUUUCUGCAAGCACUAUCUCUGGCCUCUGUUCCACUACAUGCUUCCCAUGUCCCCCGCCCAAAACGCCCGGUUCGACCGGGCCCACUGGCUCGCUUACGUCUCCGCCAACAAAACCUUCGCCGACAAAAUCAUGGAGGUCAUAAACCCAGAUGAAGACUACGUUUGGAUUCACGACUACCAUCUCAUGAUUCUACCGACACUUUUGAGGAAAAGGUUUUAUCGUAUCAAACUCGGGUUUUUCCUCCACAGCCCUUUUCCGUCAUCGGAAAUCUAUCGGUCUUUGCCCGUCCGGAACGAGAUUCUUCAGGCUUUGCUAAACUGCGAUCUCAUCGGGUUUCACACGUUCGACUACGCCCGACAUUUUUUGUCGUGUUGUAGUAGAAUGUUGGGUUUGGAUUAUCAGUCCAAAAGGGGUUACAUUGGAUUGGAAUAUUACGGAAGAACCGUUAGUAUUAAGAUUCUCCCCGUGGGAAUUCACAUGGGUCAGCUUCAGUCGGUUUUGUCGCUGUCCGAGACGGAAGAGAAAGUGAGGGAAUUGAGAGAAAAGUUUAAGGGUAAAUUUGUUAUGUUGGGUGUUGAUGAUAUGGACUUGUUUAAAGGGAUUAGUUUGAAGUUUUUGGCGAUGGGACAGCUUUUGGAAGAGCAUGAGUGCUUGAGAGGGAAAGUUGUUUUGGUUCAGAUUACGAACCCGGCGAGAAGUAAAGGAAAAGAUGUACAAGAUGUUGAGGAGGAGACUAAUUCCAUUGCUGAAGAGAUUAACCGAAAGUAUGGAGAUGAGAAUGGAGAUUACAAGCCGAUAGUUUUCAUUAAAGCAUUCGUUAGUACGCUCGAGAAGGCUGCGUACUAUGCGAUUUCGGAGUGUUGCGUUGUGAAUGCGGUGAGGGAUGGGAUGAAUUUGGUGCCUUAUGAGUACACAGUUUGUAGGCAGAGCAGCCCUGUUUUGGACAGUGCAAUUGGGGUUGAUGACGAUGAUUGUGGACCUAAGAAGAGUGUACUAAUUGUGUCGGAAUUCAUCGGAUGCUCGCCGUCUUUGAGUGGCGCGAUAAGGGUCAAUCCUUGGAACAUCGAUGCCGUCUCGGAUGCCAUGAAUUCGGCGCUCACUAUGCGGGAUGAAGAGAAAAUACUGCGCCAUGAGAAGCAUUAUAAGUAUAUAAGUUCUCAUGAUGUGGCCUAUUGGGCUAAGAGUUUUGAUCAAGAUCUUGAGAGGGCUUGUAAGGAGCAUUAUUGCAAGAGGUGUUGGGGGAUGGGUUUUGGUUUGGGGUUCAGAGUUGUGGCGCUGGCACCGAAUUUUCGGAAGCUUUCAUUGGACCGCAUUGUCUCGUCUUAUCGCAAGACCAAGAGCAGGCUGAUCUUGUUGGACUAUGAUGGAACUAUUAGCUCACAAAGUUCUGUUAACAAAGCUCCUACUGAAGAAACUAUUAAGAUGCUGAAUCAGUUGUGCAGUGAUCCGAAUAAUGUCGUUUUUAUCGUCAGUGGAAGAGGAAAGGAUUCUCUAAGUGAUUGGUUCUCUCCUUGUGAGAAAUUGGGUAUUUCAGCUGAGCAUGGUUUCUUUACAAGGUGGAGUAGGGAUUCUCCAUGGGAGACUUGCUCUAUAACAAUGGACUUUGAUUGGAAGAAAAUUGCAGUGCCAGUAAUGGAGCUUUAUACGGAGGCAACUGAUGGUUCUUUCAUAGAGCAGAAAGAAAGUGCAUUGGUUUGGCAUCACCAAGAUGCUGACUCUCAUUUCGGGUCAUGCCAGGCUAAAGAGCUUCUUGACCACCUUGAGAGUGUGCUUGCUAAUGAGCCUGUUGUGGUUAAGAGAGGUCAACACAUAGUUGAAGUCAAACCUCAGGGUGUGAGCAAAGGCUUAGUUGUUGAAAGCCUCAUCUCCACAAUGCAAAGCCAGGGUAAGUCACCGGAUUUCGCCCUGUGCAUAGGGGACGACCGCUCCGAUGAAGACAUGUUCGAAACCAUUGCCCGGUCAUCCAACAAGGGCGCCACGUCCUUGCCGGCCAUUGCCGAGGUCUUUGCCUGCACUGUUGGUCAGAAACCAAGCAGAGCAAAAUACUAUCUUGACGAUUCGGAUAAAGUCAUCAAGCUGCUCCAAGGCCUUGCUUCUGCUUCAGCCUCAGCCUCAGCUCAGCAACAACCAAAAUUCAUUUCUUUCAAAUCAUUUGAAGGCUUCCUUUAGAAUGUUUCUUCACAUAGAAUUUUAGAUCUUGUGGGCCCUUUGGUUUUAUAGCGCUUUGGUGAUGUCUGAUCUUAUCUUUGUUAGGAGAGGGUAGAUAUUGUCCUUUUACAGCUAAAUGAUAUUACCUUGUACAGAUGAUGAUAGUUACAUUUUUACAGGGUCCAUCUGAAAAACGAAUACUUAGAAUACUUUUUAAAAAAAAAAUAAUAAUAAUAACUACAUUUUAUGUUCUUACAGGAAAA